CAACAAUACGCGUCAAGUUCCUUCCAGAAGCGCGGAAGUUUGCGGGACUUUCGGACUGUUUUCGGUUUACUCAUUGCUUCGUAAUGCCCAGUGAUUAAAGCUUACUCGCAGCCGACUCGUGUCAAAACAGCACCGCUGUGACUGUCACAUCUGGACUGAAGCCACUCAUGAUGAACCGCAAAAUGGGUCACCGGAGGCAGGGGAGCAUUGACCUUUUAGAAACCAUUGGAAUUGUGAAUGAGAAUGGCAAUGAAAACCUGUCAGUGGUUCCAGUGCAACGUUCUUUGACCUACGAUUAUGUUCUUGUGGCAAAAACCUCAGAUGACGAGAACAGUCACAGCGCGAGAAAACGUAAUGCUUUCAUUCAAGCUUUGAAACAGAAGCAAUUAUCUGUAAAGAAAUAUACAAAUUAUGAUGAAAAGAUGUUUUAUUGCAUCAGAGCAGCAGACUCAAUUUUUGAGACGUACCGGUAUCUCUUAAAAGUGUCCGACGCCUGUAACUGGAGCUGUGAACAGAAGGGAACCGUGCCACAGUCAACCAGGAUUCGUGUGGUUGAUUUCAUUGUGCAUCACACAAGCAUUGACACACAAGGUGUUCCAGAAUAUCUGCCCGAUCUGAUGAAAAAAGAUGUUUUUGAGACGUACUUCUGCUUACACGAGAAAAGGGAGCAGAAAGAACUGAAGAAGAGCUGGGCUCGAUGGUCUGCAACUUUUCGGGGGCAACCCAUAACUAACGUCAGAAACUACCUUGGUGAGAAGGUGGCUCUUUAUUUUCUGUGGUUGGGUUGGUACACAUUUCUCCUGAUUCCUGCUUCUGUAAUCGGGAUCAUCGUGUUCCUGUAUGGCCUGGCCUUCUACAGCACCAGUCCUCUCAUACAGGAGGUGUGCAAUUCUAACAUUACCAUGUGCCCAUUGUGCAAUAAUAAAUGCAAAGUCUGGAAUCUUUCUGACACCUGCAUGUACGCAAAGGUGAGCCUUCUGUUUGACAAUGCAGGAACAGUGGCAUUCGCUAUGUUCAUGGCUGUGUGGGCCACGGUGUUUCUGGAGUUCUGGAAACGCCACAGAUCGUCUUUCGUUUGUGCGUGGAAGGUGUAUGACUGGUGCGAGGAAGAGGAGGAGUUGAUCAUGGAGAUUGUAAACAAUGCAGCUUGUGAACCCAAGAUGCACAGACACUCCUAUCUGCGCUCCACUAUAGUUCUGGCCUUAGUAACACUUAUGUUGCUGAUCAUCAUCGGUUUGACGCACGCCCUGGUUGUGUUUCGAGUCAUCGCUACUGUCCUGCUGGCUGAAAAAAGCCAAUGGCAGCUCAUUGGUGACAAUUCCCAGACAGUGGCUCUGAUGCUCGGGGCUGUGCUACACUACAUCACCAUCACAGUCAUGACUCGGGUGAAUUGUAUGGUAGCCAUGAAGCUGAGUGAAAUAGAGAACAAGCACUCACAUGCUGCCAUCGAAAGGAGCUUCACAGUGAAAAUGUUCAUAUUUCAAUUCUUUACCAUGUUCUCCUCUCUCAUAUACACAGCGUUCUUUUUGGGAAGGAUUAAUGGUCACCCUGGAGGAUAUGUGAAGAUAUCGGGCAUAUGGAGACUAGAAGAAUGUCACCCAAGCGGAUGUCUGACAGACUUGUUCAUUCAGAUGUCUAUUAUCAUGGUACUCAAACAGACCUUCAACAAUAUCUUUGAGUAUUCUGGUCCCUGGUUUAGACGGUGGUUAAACAGAAAGAAGAACCAAAAGCUGUUGAGACGGUGUUUGAAGUGCUAUAAGAAAGAGUGCAUGGAUGCCGUGGAGGCAUCUGAACUAUGUGACAACUGCAAACUCGAGGACCUGCACAGGAACUACAGCCUGAUUCAAACCGACCGCUUCAGCCUCUUUAAUGAGUUCUUGGAAAUGGUGAUCCAGUUCAGUUUCACUACUAUCUUCGUAGCCGCAUUUCCGUUGGCCCCAUUGCUGGCUCUUCUGAACAACAUCAUUGAGAUCCGUCUGGAUGCCAUUAAGAUGGUCAGCCUCGAACGCAGGCUAGUGCCAACAAAGGCCAACGAUAUUGGUGUUUGGACGGAUGUGCUGGAGGCCAUCAGUGCGCUCGCGGUCAUUGCUAAUGGACUGGUCAUUGGUAUAUCCUCUGAUUUCAUCCCCCGUCUGGUUUACCAGUACUACUACGGGCCUUGUGCCAGUGGCAAUCCUGCCGGUGUGGAUUGUAUGGUGGGAUACAUCAACAACACUCUGUCCGUCGCUAAUGUAAGUGACCAGAGAGUCAGCGAAGACUUCAAACCGAAUCAGCUGAUCACCGACAGUGGCGAAAGUGUGACACAUUGCAGGUAUCGAGACUACAGAAGUAGUGAAGACUUCAGUUUAACCAAUCAGUUUUGGGUCAUUCUGGCAUCGCGGCUAGUCUUCAUCAUAUUGUUUGAGCAUGUAGUGGUGAUGUUUAAAUGUGUAACAAGCUGGUUUGUCCCGAACUCCCCCCUGGAUGUGACAAAUGAAAGACUUUUUGACAAACUCACCAGGCUGAAGCAAGAAUUGAGAGAUCAGAGAACACAACAGGACACUUUUUCCAAAUUAAAUGAGAACGGUAACUCAAGGAAACCAUCGAAGCGAAAUAAAUCAAAAAAGCAAAACAGCAUGUGAGCCAACGGUUUAAAAAGCCUCUUCUCUUCUCUCUGGAUUAUUUGUCAGAGAACUAUUUGUUUUUAAUUGUUUAUACAUUAUUAUCUACUAAGAUAUGGAGUUUUUUAUGAUGUGAAAAAUUGCAGAUUAGAGUAUUUGACUGGAUGUAAGCUAAUAUAUAUAACAUAAUUUAAUAUUGUUUCAAGGUUUGGGGCUGCUUGAGAAACAACGUAAUGACCCCCGAAUUUGAAUGUGUAUAUGUGGAAACUAAAGUAUGUUUUUGUUUCACAAAUGGUAUGCAUUUUAAAAAUAUUUUAAUAUGAGAAUGGAGUUGUUACAUUUUAUAAGAUGCAUAUAUAAAAGAAACGUUACAUUCGUAUUUGUCAUGAAUACAAGAUUAAGUUUUGUAACAUUAUUUUUAAAUAAACUCACAGAAACUUGA